CACAAAAUUUCAGUGUCUGCGACAAAAUGGCGAAGACAACGGUGACCAACGUCCUCUCCACCAACGCCACCACCGACAACCUAUCCAGGCACGAGAUGCUGGCCUGGGUGAACGACAGUCUCCAAAGUAAGUUCGCCAAAAUCGAGGAGCUGUGCACCGGCGCUCCCUACUGCCAGUUCCUGGACAUGCUGUUCCCGGGCUCCGUCCCCCUAACGAGGGUCAAAAUGAAGACCAACCUGGAGCACGAGUACAUCAACAACUUCAAAAUACUGCAGGGCGCCUUCAAGAAGCUGGGAGUGGAGAGGUUCGUGCCCAUAGAGAGGCUGGUCAAGGGCAGGUUCCAGGACAACUUCGAGUUUCUGCAGUGGUUCAAGAGGUUCUUCGACGCCAACAACAAGGUGAUGGAACCGAAGCAGAGUACCAUCAGUUCGAGCAGUACGGCCGGCAACAAGGAGAAGAUCGAGGAUCUGAAGAAGCAGGUGGCGGAUAUGAAGAGGCGCAUCGAUUACAUGUCCGAGAAGCUGACCAACAUCGAGGUCUUGUGCAAGAAGGAGAAGAGGAGCAGCGUCUUAGUCCAAAAGAUCUUGGACAUUGUUUAUUCGAUUCCGGAAGGCUACGCCGAGGCCGACGAGCUUGAGGUCGAGGUUGUCGAAGAAGUGGAAUACUGAAGUCUCUCAAUUGUCCUUAACGAGUUUCUAAUAAAAAUUGUACAAGACUGUUA